AUGCCCACGUCCGCGCAGCGGUGCGCAAAGGCCUCGGGCCGGGCGGGCUCGGGUGACGUGGGGCGGGCGAGGCCAGGGCCACCUGACGGCCCCGCAGUCGCCGUGGGCUCCAGCGCCAACCUGGGCGCGGCCCCGCGCGCCGUUGUCGCCGACCUCCCACCGUCCUCCCGGGGGCGCGACCCGAGCCGGAGACGCGCGCCAGGACACGCGACACCGAGGUAUAACAGGAGAGGAGCAGCCGUCGGUCCCGCGGAGGUUCUGGGAAAGGCGCAAGACGCUCCCGCGGGGACCGUGAGGGACGCACGCUCCUCUGCUCAGCCCGGCCGCGGGUCCGACUGCAGCCAGCAGCUGUCUCACAUCCGGGUCUCGCCAGCGCUCAGCUGCUCUGGCCGCGGCCCCGCCCCCCAGGGGCGCACAGGCCAAACUUCCGGCGACGGCGGCAAUUCCCCGCCCUUCAGAUGGGCGGUCCCUACGCCCGCUGCGCGCGCCUGCGCACCGGCUCCUCCAGCCUCCUCGCUCUCUGAGUCGUGCAGAUUCUCACCCCGGUCUGGAAGGCAGGGGUGCCCCUGCAAGAGCAAGAAACAGAUGCCACAAACCGGUUCUGUAAGCAGCAAGGCUCUUUGUGACAAGCCCUACCCCCACAACUGCAAGCCUUUUCUCUACCAUCUCUUGCUGAAUACAAACUGGUCUCACUGUGUAGCCCAGGCUGGCUUCGAAUUCAUGGUAAUCCUCCUUCCUCGCCCUCCUGAGUGCUGGGAUCACAGGUGUGUGCCACCAUGCCUGGCUCUUACUUUUCUUGUAGCCACUGAAAAUGGCUAUAACAUACAAAACCUCUGCUGACACACGGGACAGCACCAUCUCUCUUUCAGGCUGACCCUCCUGCUGGCUUUGGUUGCUCCACUCCUUGUGACUCUGGAUAGUUUCAUACUGUGAAAGUAAAUUUUUUUUAAAAAUUAAAGCUAGAAAAUAAGGACAGGGCCAGGGAUUUAGCUCAGUGGUGCCACCUCCUGCCUUGCAAGCGAAAGUUCCCAAAUUCAAUCCCCGGUACCCAAAAAAAAAAAAAAAAAGCAAUUUGUUAGAAAUCAACUGACAAUGGCAUUUCUGUUUGCUAUCUGGGAGAGUCCUCUUUAAGAUAUUUAAGUAAUUAAGCUGGCCCCACAGACUUGAGAAUGAGUUUAGUGUUGGCUAAAUUAAAGAACUGUGUGUCCAAACACUGUCAGGCAGAGGAGUUGCGAGAACUGAAAUGUUCCUGUACUCUUGAGGGAGAAAGAUAGGUUAAGAGGCAGAAGCCAGGCAUGGUGGCACAGCCCUGUGAUCUCAGGACUCUGAGAGACUGAAGCAGGAGGAUUGCAAGUUCCAGUCUAGACUCAGUGAGACCCUAUCUCAAAAUGAAAGAUAUAAAAAAGGAUGGGAAUGUAGCUCAGUGUGAAAGACCUAGGUCUAGUUCUCAGUACCAAAAAAAAAAAAAUUGGCAGAACCCAAAGUGAGGUGGGCCUUGCAGAUGACAGGGAGGACUCUACAGGGAACAAUACACACCAGCUUUCCUUUCCCUUAGAACACGCACUCCAACAAGGAAGGCAUUCAGUUACUUCACAGUACUGACUGAGAGCUGCCUGGGUUCCCCUUGACAUGACAGCAGCCAUCAUGAGUCACUGCCACCAUGGUUGGCUCUGAGGAGCGCUGGUCCAUUCUCCCCAGUUCCCAGCACACUGUAAAUAGACAGAAGCCUUAGAGUGGGAGAUGGAGCUUUACCGCCAGUGCUUGGCACCAGGAUGUGCUUGACUUAUGUUUCAAGGUACACUCUGGCUUGGAUGAAGUCAUUUUUGUCCUGACCAUUUCGUAAGCCCCCACCUUCUGGCCCAAAUUGUCUUGCUGCUGCCACAUGUUUCUUUGUAAAUCCUCAAUAAACUGUAAUCUCUGUAGUCCUAGAUCUGCCCACCUUCUUCUGUCUCAUGGCACAGCAGGGGCAUGUGCCCUUUUUCCAGCACAACCCUGUCCCAUAUGAUGUGCAAGACACCAGUGUAGAUGCUGGGGGCGCUGCAGGGGACUGGACAUAUACAAUUUCUUGCUUUCUGAACACUCACUUUCUCACUUCAGACAAUAAAUCAGUAAGCAAAUACUUAAUGCCAAGAACAAAACAAACAUGGGAAUAGACAAAGUACCACUAUCCAAUCAAACUUCCUGUGAUUAUGGAAAUAUUCUAUGUCUGCACUGUAGGUAGAG